CCGCAGUAACCAGGGGAACUGCAAACAGUAUAGGGGCCGCUUCCGGUGCGAGCACCCGGAACCACCGCCUCCAGGGAUGGACGGUCAGACCCUGCGGAAGGCUGAGCGAAGCCGGUCCUGCUCCCGGGAGAAGAAAGAGGGUUACACUAAGGACAUGGUGACAGACUUUGAUGAGAAACAUGAUGAGUAUUUAAUAUUGCUGCAGCAGAGGAACCGGAUAUUAAAGCACCUGAAAACCAAGGACCCCGUGCAGUUGAGGCUGGAGCACCUGGAACAGGGCUUCUCUGUCUACGUCAAUGGGGCCAAUUCUGAGCUGAGGACGUCACCUCGGAAAGCCAUUCACCCCGACUUCUCCAGGAGCGCCUCCCACACCGAGGGGACUCACGAUUGCGGACGAAGAACCCUCUUUCGAGAAGCGGAAGAAGCUUUAAGACGCAAUUCACGGACAGCACCCAGCAAAGUCCAGCGCCGAGGAUGGCACCAGAAAUCUGUGCAGAUCAGAACGGAAGCUGGCCCACGGCUCCACAUCGAGCCUCCUCUGGACUAUCCUGAAGAUUUUGAGCCAUGUGGGGCUGUGAGUGUCAAGGCCAAGGAUGCUUCUGGGGACCAUCCACAGGAGCUAAGGAAAAGCCUGGAACUUAGUGUCAGUCUACAAAGGAAAGAAAAGGAUCAUUCCAGUGACGAGUAUGACUCCAUCGAAGAAGAUGUACUAUCUGGGCCGGAGCCUGAGGACCCGGCGCUGGCGGGCUGUCCAAGAGAGGACCCCCCUCUUUCCAGUGGGGACUCGGUGCCAAAGGAUGUUCCCGAGGACCAAGAGACAGAAGGACGCCUUCCCCAGGGUCCAGACGCCCUCGUGGUGCUGGAAUUUAACCCGGCUUCCAAAAGUAAUAAAAAGGAAAGGAAUUUGUCGGCUAAGCGGAAGGACAACGCUGAGGUCUUUGUUCCCAGCAAACCGGAGCCAAGCCUGAAUCCCCAGCCCCCGACCGUGUUCCCAGACCAGGAGAGGGUGUGCUCAAGACCUGGAAGCCGCCGAGAGAGACCCCUAUCAGCAACUCGAAAACCCGUGCAGGAGGCUGAGGACCGAGAGGAAGACGCCUCGGCCGUGCUCAGAGCCAUCCAGGUGGAGAACGAGGCCCUGCAGAGGGUGAUCCUCAGCAGAAAGGCCGAGCCCCCUGCCAGCCCGCCGCAGGACACAGAGGGACCACCAGCAAAGUCAUGGACCAGUCUGCUGAAGGAGGAGACCCCUGAGCCUCCUCCCAUCACCGUGGCGACCAGCACACAGGAACCGGCCAGGGCAGCAGAGGGAGCCAGAGCUGUCAGCGAAGCCAUGGACAGAAUCGGCCUUUUGGGGAGCAGACAACAGCAGAAGCUUCUGCAAGUCCUCCAGGCCACCGAAAGUGACUCUGCCCAACGCCACCAGGUUGUUGCACGAGCUGAGGCGCAAGUGCUGGACCCAGAGGACACAUCGGGCCCGAAAGCAGAAGAGAUCAAAGAUGUUGUCUGCGUGACCGUGGAAAUCCUCUCCAACUGGGGCAACGCGUCAUGCGUGGGUCUCACUGAAGUUGAGUUCUUUGACCUGAGCAACACAAAGCUUUACGUGUCACCUCACGACGUGGACAUCCGCAGCGCCAACACGCCCGGGGACCCAGGCCACCUGGUCAAUAGGAACUUAGCUAGCAAGAAAGACCCUUCCUUGUGGAUGUGCCCCUUCAACCCGCCGCUCCAGCUCUUUUUCAUUAUCCGCAACACGAGGCAGCUGCGUGACUUUGGUCUAUCCAAGGUCAAGGUUUGGAAUUACUGGACGGCUGAUGGCGAUCUCGACAUCGGGGCCAAGGAUGUGAAGCUUUAUGUCAACAAGAAGCUCAUCUUUGAUGGCACUUUAGACAGAGGAGGUGGCGAGGCCCCGGCUGGCCAGAGCAUCCUGAUGGGCCUGUCCCACGAGAGCAUGGAGAACAGCGUUUCUGCCCCCUCGGACGACAGCAAAGACGCCCGCAAGAUGGCUGGCACAGAUGGGGACGAGGAGCUUGGUGUCAGUUAUUCGCAGCCCGCAGAAAAAGCAGAGGAUGUGAAAGUUGCUUCACAAGGAAAUGCAUUUGGCGAAAGGAUGAGUUCCCCUGAUUGCACGAAAGACAGCUUGGCCAAGGUAGAGGAAGAGGUCAGCUGCUCAGCCGCCCCAUCCUCGACGGGUGGCGCACCCACCGGCCCUCCCCACUCCCCCGCUGCCGAAUGCCCUCCUUUUCUUGACCAGGAGCUGUCGCUGAUCCAACAGCUGGAAAACCUCACAGGCAGAAAAAUCUCUGAGCCGCCAGGGAAAACCCCAUCUUGGUUACAACCUGCUCCCGUGGGGAGAGGCAGAAAGCAGGGAGGCCCGAAGUCGAAACCCCUCUGGCUGAGCCCGGAGAAGCCACUGGACUGGAGGGGCAGGCUCCCAUCGGAUGCUGUCAUCCGGGAGGGGCCUGGGGAGACGGAGGCCAAGGGCCCCAGGCGUGAGCCAGGGCGGCCAAGCAGCUGGAAUGUCAUCGCCGGGGAGCGAGUCCAGAGGGCGACCCCCAAAGUCUGCGUUGAUGACAUCUUUAGCCAGCCCGCCAACAGGGAGCACCCCGCUAGUGGGAGGAGGGGCCUGAGGAAGGACCCCCGCAGCAACAGCCAGGGUGAUGGGCAGCCAGCCGGCAGAGAACACGCCUGGUCCACCGGGACACCGCCGCGGCCCCGGUGGCACAGCGAGCAGGAACACAGCUUGCGGGAGUCCUGGAACUCCCUCACGGCCUUUGACCGCUCCCAGCGGGGCCGCAUCUCCAACGUGGUUCCAGGGGACAUCCUGGAUGAGUUCCUGCAGCAGCAGAAAAGCAGCCGGCACAGCGACCAGCCGGCCCCGUGGAAGGAGGAGAAGCCGGAGCCCGUGAGCGAGCAGGACCCCGGCUCCCCGGAGACAGACGACAGCGGGGACUUCAAAAUCCCCGUCCUGCCUUAUGGACAGCACUUGGUCAUCGACAUCCAGUCCACGUGGGACAGGCACUACGUUGGCCUCAACGGCAUAGAAAUAUUCAGUUCCAAGGGCGAGCCGGUGCGCGUCGCCAACAUUCAAGCCGACCCCCCGGACAUCAAUAUCUUACCGGCCUAUGGGAAAGACCCCCGCGUGGUCACCAACCUCAUCGACGGGGUGAACAGGACGCAGGACGACAUGCACGUCUGGCUGGCGCCCUUCACGCCCGGCAAGCCCCACUCCAUCUCCAUCGACUUCCUGCACCCUUGCCAGAUCGCCCUGAUCAGGGUCUGGAAUUACAACAAAUCGCGGAUACACUCCUUCCGCGGCGUGAAGGACAUUACGAUGCUGUUGGACGGGCAGUGCAUCUUUAAGGGAGAAAUCGCCAAGGCCUCAGGCACCCUGACCGGAGCUCCAGAGCACUUUGGAGACACGAUCUUAUUCACGACGGAUGAUGACAUCCUCGAGGCCAUCUUCUGUUCCGAUGAGACCUUGGACUUGGACGUGGAGAGCCUGUGCAGCCUGCAGGCCGAGGAGGCGCUGCGGAGGCCCAGCACCGCCGACGGCCAGGGCGACGAGCGGCCCUACACCCAGGCCGGCUCCUGGGCUGACGACCAGGUCCUGGAGCCAGAGAUGCCACCCAGUCCCCCUGUCCCAGAGGUCACCACUCCAGAGCCGGGCGUCUACCAUGGGAUCUGCCUGCAGCUGAAUUUCACCGCCUCCUGGGGAGACCUGCAUUACCUGGGGCUCACGGGCCUGGAAGUGGUGGGCAGGGACGGCCAGGCACUGCCCAUCCACCUGCACCAGAUCUCUGCCUGCCCCAGAGACUUAAAUGAGCUCCCGGAGUACACGGACGACUCCCGGACCCUGGACAAGUUAAUCGACGGAGCCAACAUCACCAUGGAGGACGAGCACAUGUGGCUGAUCCCCUUCUCGCCGGGGCUGGACCACGUGGUCACCAUCCGCUUCGACAGAGCCGAAAGCAUCGCAGGCCUGCGCUUCUGGAACUACAAUAAAUCUCCCGAGGACACCUAUCGGGGGGCCAAAGUCGUCCACGUCUCCCUGGACGGCCUGUGCGUCUCCCCUCCCGAGGGCUUCCUCAUCCGGAAGGGGCCAGGCAACUGCCACUUCGAUUUUGCUCAAGAAAUCCUCUUCGUGGACUACCUGCGGGCCCGACUGCUGCCCCAGCCGGCUCAGAGGCUGGACACGAAGAGCCUGGAGCGGGCGAGCAUGGACUAUGAGGCGCCCCUGAUGCCCUGCGGCUUCAUUUUCCAGUUUCAGCUCCUGACCAGCUGGGGUGACCCCUAUUACAUCGGUCUCACCGGCCUGGAGCUGUAUGACGAGCGGGGAGAAAAAAUCCCUCUGUCAGAAAACAAUAUCGCUGCCUUCCCCGACAGCGUCAACUCCCUGGAGGGCGUGUGUGGGGACGUCCGGACCCCCGACAAGCUCAUCGACCAAGUGAACGACACCAACGACGGCAGGCACAUGUGGCUGGCUCCCAUCCUGCCUGGCCUGGUGAACCGGGUGUAUGUGAUUUUCGAUCUGCCUACCACGGUGUCAAUGAUCAAACUGUGGAAUUACGCGAAAACACCCCAUCGAGGGGUGAAGGAGUUUGGCCUCCUGGUGGACGACUUGCUCGUGUACAAUGGGAUCCUGGCCAUGGUGGGCCACCUGGUCGGGGGCAUCCUGCCCACGUGCGAGCCCACGGUGCCCUACCACACCAUCCUCUUCACGGAGGACACGAACAUCUGCCAGCAGGAGAAGCACACCGCCAUCAGUCAUCAGGUGGAGGACCAGGAUGUGCAGAUGAUGAACGAAAACCAGAUCGUUAGCAACUCGAAAAGGAAGCAGAACGCAGCUGACCCAGCCUUACGCCCCAAAACCUGCAUCAGUGAGAAGGAGGCAGCGAGACGGUGGCGGUGCUGAUGGCCAAGCGGGGAGAGCCGGUCCUCUCAGCCAGGGUGGGGCUCCAUCACCGCUCCCCACUCGGUCGGCACUUGCAUCCCCCGUCCUUGGGCCUCCCCAUAGGCCAGCCCAGAUGCUCAGGGCCUGGAAGGGAGCUGCAGCGUGGAGGGGGGCCCCCUCUGGGGAGAGGAGACCCAAGGGGGGCUCGGCCCUGGGAAACAGGAGUUCCAGGCGGGAGGAGGAAGCGGUGCCUCCCUCUGUCCCCUGCUGUUCGGGGGCUGGCUGCAGGGGGCCUGAGAUCCAGCAAAGCAGGCCCAAGUCCUCUCAGGCCUAUCAUGGGCUCCGUGGGCUCGGCCUGGCUCCAGGCAGGACGGUGACAUGGGCUGCGGAGGCGUCCCAGCCAGCCUUCCCAGGCCCCGGAGCAUGGCUGAGCUGGGCAGAGACCAGGCUUCCAACACCACCGAGGGUGAGGCCCCGGCUCAGGCACCAACGACCCCCACACCCACCACAUCUCUGCCUCAUUUGGGGGCUGGCCGAGCUGCCUGAGAGGGUGGGAUUUUUCCCUGGACUCCCCAGAUGUCUAACCCAGUUUUGAGGAAGGAAUCCCCUCAGGGAAGCUGAUCCUGCAAGGGCCUCCAUCCCCUGGUCAAGCCUAAGAAAGGAUCAGCCAGGGGCCCGAGUCCCGCUGAGGAACAGGGGUGGGGGGUGUGUGUGGGGGGGGAAGCCGACCCCACGUGCUCCCCAGAGCCGCCCCCACCCUGGCUGGAGGGUCCUUGUCUCUGCGGUGCUGCCAGGCUCAGGUAGGACAGAGGGGCAGCUUCGGAGCCGGGAGGCCCGUAGGGCCCCUCCAGAUGCCCCCUGGAUGCGAGGCCGGGAGGCCGAGGACCCGCGCUUGAGCCCCGCCCUCAGGCCCCAGAGGCCACGCCCCUUCCACUUGACCGCGCCAGGCUGGCGGCAGCCGGCACUGCGCCCCGGUCCCCUGCGGUCUGACCCAGGCUUCUCUCGCCUGCUGUCUCCCUUUCCAUCCUUGCCCCCACCCCCUCCAGGUUCCUGGGCAUCAGGCCGUGAAGUUCUUGUGGCCCGGGCCCCCACCCCUUUCUCACUCUUCCAGCAGCUUCCCGGCAAGUCAGAAAUGUGCCUUGCAUCCCCCCCCCCGGCCCCCGGCCGCGUGAAGCCCAGAACGCAUCUAUUUCCAUCUCUGUAACAAGCUCGGAUCAGGGACCUAAUUGGUUUCCCAGUGGUGGGUAAUUUCUCGUUCCAAAUAUUAAUCUGUUGUUUUCCUGGCGCCCAGCCCGGCCCCGCCGCCGCCGUACUGUACUCCAAGUACGUUCCUAUGCAACCGAGAGCCCCAGCAAAUACUUUAUGAGCGUUGCCGCUUCCGCCCGAGCAGCUAUGCAAAUGCGCUUUUCAUUUGGAGCGCGGGGCCGAUGGGACGAUCCGAAAGUGUUGCUCCCGGAGAAGAUCCAUCAUUUUCCGUAGCUUCCAGGCCCCCAGCUUCUCGGCUCACCUCCCAGAGGUGGUGAGCGCCUGGGUGGGGGCGGCGGGGGGUUGAGGGGUGGGGGUUCCGGGCUCCCAGGAUGGCUGACGCCAGGGGCAGUCGGGAGGUUUGAUCCAACCAGCUUUUCGUGACCAAAAUCAGCGCUGUAGCUUUAAAGGGAGCCCAGCCUUCCCUCCCCGCCCCCCAGCAGGUGUACAGGUCAGACGUGGGAGACGGCCUGAGACGGCUCGAACCAGCGCCGCACACACUUCCUCCCAGCCUCUUAGUUGAUGUUUGUAAUAAUUGUGUGUAUGGUGCAAUUUAGGAGGGAAAAAAAAAAAGAGAAAGCUGUACAGGCAUUCACUCUAAAAUAAAUUUCUAUUUUUUUCUCCUGUGAAAUCAAUAAAAGAUGUUAUUAAGCAUA